AUGACUGGCUUUUUUUCCAAAUUGAAAAUCCUCACGAAGACCCUUUGCCCUGAUCCAUGUCCCAACAGCCUGGACAGCUCCGGCAAGGACCAACUCGGGAUCUGGCACGGGUUCUUUUUCUUUCUUUCUUAUUCUGUUUUUAAAAGCAGUAGUGCCAGUUUGGGCACAGAGUUAUUUAUAUUCCCUUUGGUUAAAAUACGGGCUUUAGCCGAACACAAAAGUGUCUUUUCUCUUUGCUGGAGUGUAGCCGCUUCUGCCUCUGGCUUUGAACACUGGACCUACAUUUUUUGUUUUGGGGGUGACAUUAAGAUCCCCUUGUUCCGCGGGGGUGGAGGCUAG